GCCCUAAAACUCCAUCAUGUGUCCAGAGGGCGGCUUUCUUUUUGACAGAGGUCCCGCCCCCGGCGCCGGAUGGUGAAGGGUCGGCCCCAUCGGGCCGGCUGGUGACAACUCUGACGAAGCCGGUGAUGAGGAUGGUGACGUCCAACUCAUGUUAGUGUGAAUUAAAAAAACAUUGGAACGUAUAGGAGUGCAUCUCUGAAAGCCACCCCACCCCUCCUGCUCCACCAGCAUCACCCCCCCUUUGAUGUAAAUCAAAUGUCUAUAUUUGGAGGGAGCUGAUGUCACCAGAGUUUGGAGUGAGCGCCUAUAACUGUUGGCGUCGCUCCUGCAGACCUGCAGCGCUGGACGGCUGAGCUGACAGACUGGGAAAGCACAGCAGCAGGCCCCCCCCUGACCCGCAUCAUGCAUCACCUGAGGCUGCACCGGCUUCUCCUCCUGGUGCUUUUGUUUCUGCGCUGCGUUGUUGCCGCUCCAAACCACCGGUACUUCAGUCCCGCCUCGUCCUCCGAGCAGGAAAACGUUCCCCCGGAAAGCGAAGACUGGUCUCUCCCCGAGUUCAUCGCUUACCCGUUCCUCAGAAUGUUGGGGCCGCGGCCGCAGAGAGAUCUCGCCGCCAUGAACAGUCAUCACUUGGAGAAAAGGAAGUGCAACACAGCCACCUGCGUCACUCAGAGGUUAGCAGACUUCCUGGUCCGCUCCAGCAACACCAUCGGAACCGUCUACGUCCCGACCAACGUGGGAUCCGCCACCUAUGGGAAGAGAGACCUACGGCAGCGUCGCUACCUGUCCCUCUAGUGCCGGGGGGGGCGGGGACGCAUUGGGGGGUGAAAAUGACAUCCCGGUCACAGUUUUCAUCGAUUUCAAAAGCAGCAGUGCCUUUAUUUUAAACCAGACGGUGUUGUUCUCUCUCAGCUGUGGUUUGUGACGUUUCUCCACAACAGCAUUAAGGAAAUGCAAAGAAAAAAAACUGGAACAUAUUUAAAUAAAAGGGAAAACAUGUAAAGCCAUUGUAGAUAAAUGCAUUUUUUGUUUUGAUAAUAAAAUGUAAAACAGAUUUGUAUCUUUUAAAUUCUGUCUAAGGUCACAUUCAUCACUGGAGCUGAUUUUCACAGGUAAAUUCUUUAAAAAAACAGGCUCAGCUGAAAAUUUGCUGGCGUUUGUCGGCAGAAAAUUCAAACUCUUUCCUAAUGCUGAGUAUUACCACAAAGUGUUGCUUCGGAACAAAAAUGAAGUGACAAUUAUGAGAAAAAUGGUGUGAAAGAUGAUUUCAACUAAAAGAAAAACGUGUUCGUCACAUCAAGGGACAAUUUUCCUAUUAAAAAAUAUUGCACCGGACGCAAAAGUGUCAGAGUUCACCUGACAAGGAUUUGAAAUGUAUUUUUAACAAAAGACAUUUUCCUCGGUAUUUCAAAACAGCAUAUCAAUAUCUGUCCUAUAGACUGAGUAAAACUAAAAUGUUGAUACAGCCGACAUGCUGAGAAGUAAUAAAAAGCAAGAAUAACUGAGUAAAACUAAUCGAUAUCUCAGAUAUAGAGUGCUAAUUCCUGCAUUCCUGAACCCACAGAUGAUGAAUUAUGCUCUGACUGUGUAAAUUAUCUCUGACACGUUCUGCAUUGCAAAGCUGAAGUGGUGGUAGAAUUUACUUUGACCAUCCUCUAAAACUGUUGGACAAAAUAAUCUUUGAAGCUCUGUUGGGUCCAU